UCUCUUUCCCUUCAACCUACGCCUAAGUACAGAAACCAUUUUCUCCUUAUAAUUUUCAAACUUAUUUACUUCUUCUUCAUCAAGCUAGAGUUGUAGUUUUUUCACUGACAAAAUUAUGGGUGGAAAUUCUCCAUGUGCCUCCUGCAAGUUGCUCCGUCGCCGUUGCGUUAAAGACUGUAUCUUCGCCCCUUACUUUCCCUCUGACGACCCCCACAAGUUCGCCAUUGUCCACAAAGUCUUCGGCGCCAGCAACGUCAGCAAAAUGUUGCAGGAGCUCCCGGUUCACCAGAGAGCGGAUGCAGUGAGCAGUUUGGUUUACGAAGCAAAUGCGCGAGUGAGAGACCCGGUUUACGGCUGCGUUGGGGCCAUUUCGUACCUGCAGAGCCAGGUUUCUCAGCUGCAAAUGCAACUGGCGGUGGCUCAAGCGGAGAUAUUAUGCAUCCAGGUGCAUCAAGACCCCAUCAUGCCCACUCCGCAAAUAGACGACGUAGAACCAGACGACAAGUCGUUUCUCCUCCAGAACAACCCUUCUCAUCAGUACCUCAAUUUUGCUUCGUCUAGCAAUGUUAGAGAGAGCAUUUUUGGACGCGACAUGGUUUCUUAAUUAAAAUUUCUCCAUUCCCCUUUCAUUGUUUUAGUCUAAUAUCUCAUCAUUGGCAAGUGAAGCUCGUUUUUGUUUGUUUGUAUACUUUUUGUUGUUGAUGAAGAUGAUGAUCUCUAAAGAAAGACUUGAAGAAUUUGUCUUGUGAGUGAAUGGGGUCAACUGUAGCAUGUGAUCGAGCUCAAGUAAAUCAGAAAUUUCUUAGUACUUUAAA